CACUGAGCAAGCCGGCUGGCUCGGCUCGCAAACGGGCGAGCUACUCGUAGGCUCCAGGCUGAGCCACGUGGGCUCACCAGACCACAUGAUUUUGUGUGGCCGCGGGGGUCUCUCCCGGUCCAAGCCCCGCCUCCAGUUCCAGUAGCAUCGGAAUCGCCAUCGUCGCCGUGCGAUAAAGCACCAGCUGCCCCGGCUCCAGUCCUGCGUGGUCCGUCGUCGCGCCGUCCGUCCGUCCGAGAACCAAGAUGAGCUGCCCCUCCUCCUCCUCCUGCUGCGGCGUCUCUCCUCCGGUCCUCGCCAAUCCCCGGGGUGAAUUCGCUGCUAGUUGCUCCACAAGAACAACUCAGAAGGCACAUUUCUUCGGUUCAAAGCCAUCCUCCCAAAUCAUCUACAGCCCAACAUCAUCGCAUUUGUCCCGGAGAUCAGUAAUCGCCUUGGCCGGAAAGCAAUCUUGGGACAUCGGCAGGUUUGCCAAGACUCUGUUUUUCUUCAACGGGCCUCCAAACCCUCUCAAGAUUGUGGAGUCCAUAAUGAGCAGCAUCACAGCCUCUGCUCCCACCGAGGCGCCGAAGAAAGCAGAGACUUCUGAUGUGGUGCUUGUCACUGGAGCUACCGGCGGUGUCGGGCGAAGAGUUGUGGAUGUCCUACGGAAGAAGGGGGUGCCUGUCCGAGUAUUGGUUAGAAAUGCGGAGAAGGCGAGGACAAUGUUGGGGCCAGAUGUGGACUUGAUCAUAGGUGAUGUUACAAAGGGAGACACGCUCGAUCCUAAGUACUUCAAAGGCAUUAAGAAAGUCAUCAAUGCAGUUUCAGUCAUAGUAGGGCCAAAGGAAGGUGAUACACCGGACAGGCAGAAGUAUUCGCAAGGCAUCAAGUUUUUUGAACCCGAGAUCAAAGGACCUUCACCUGAAAUGGUGGAGUACCUUGGUAUGCAAAACUUGAUUAAUGCUGUAAAGGAAAGUGUUGGGCUGAGCGAAGGGAAACUGCUAUUUGGAUUCAAAGGCAAUUUAUGUGGAAAGUUUGUGUGGGGAGCACUUGACGAUGUUGUAAUGGGCGGUGUUAGUGAAAGUGCAUUCCAAAUCCAACCAACAGGAAGUGAAACUGGUGAAGCAACUGGAUUAUUCAAAGGUACCGUGUCUACUUCAAAUAACGGUGGCUUCACUAGUAUAAGGACAAAGAAUUUUACCGUCCCCGAGGACCUGUCGGCAUACGAUGGUGUUGAACUACGAGUUAAGGGCGAUGGCCGGAGGUACAAACUUAUCAUAAGAACUAGCUACGAAUGGGAUACUAUUGGCUACACUGCAAGCUUCGACACCACAAAGGGCGAAUGGCAAAGCGUUAGAAUACCUUUCUCUUCUCUGAUACCGGUAUUUCGUGCCCGUACCGCAACUGAUGCUCCACCCUUUGAUGCAAGCAAUAUCACUGCACUGCAGCUCAUGUUCAGCAAGUUUGAAUACGACGGAAAGCUCAACCCAACAUUUGCAGAAGGUCAAUUUGAGCUUCCGUUUUCAAGCAUUAGAGCAUACAUAAAUGAGCCAAUUACUCCAAGGUUUGUUCAUGUGAGCUCUGCAGGAGUUACAAGACCUGAAAGGCCAGGGCUAGAUCUAAGCAAACAACCCCCCGCCGUCCGCAUGAACAAAGAGCUUGGUUCCAUUCUAACUUACAAGUUGAAGGGAGAGGAUUUAAUUCGGGAAAGUGGUGUUCCCUACACUAUCGUGCGGCCAUGUGCUCUAACUGAGGAACCAGCUGGAGCUGACCUCAUAUUUGAACAGGGGGAUAAUAUCACUGGAAAGAUAUCACGGGAAGAAGUUGCCCGCCUUUGUGUCGCGGCUCUAGCAAGCCCGAGUGCAGUGGGGAAGACUUUUGAGGUCAAGAGCACCGUUCCAUUUAGUGAACCGUUUGUGAUCGAUCCUUCGAACCCUCCUCCUGAGAAGGACUAUGAAGUGUACUUCAAAGAGCUCAAAGACGGCAUCACGGGUAAAGAGGCUCUUGAAGGAACACCUGCUCUAGUCUGAAGAAUACGUCGAAUGCGGAAUGCCCUCUGCUUCAAGAGUGAACUUUGCUUGUGCUUUAUGUUCAGUAUAUAGAAAAGAAAAGAAGUCCCCAUGAGACUGCAGAGGACUUGUGGCUGUAGAGCUAGGCUGUGGGAUUGUCAUAGAGCAGCUUCCUGGUAAUUUACUGCUUUUGUUUCCACUGAUUCUGUAGUAUAGGUAAUUUGUCUAGGUAGACCGUUUUGGUAAUGUGAAGUGAGAAUCAUCAGUGCAUAGAAAAAAGGAGGUUUACAGUUCCUGCC